UAUCCCUGCUCCCUCCUCCUUGUAGCUCCCCGGCGCCUGGCAACCGAGCGGCGCAGAGCGUGGGGCCGACAGGCAUCAGCCAAACCGGAAACGGGCUGCGGCAGCGAGCAGGAGCCCACCCAGACACUCUAUUCUGACACCCUUCUUUAACCACUUUAGGACCACAUGAUUGUAGAAACCGUCAUGCAGUGCUGGGUUUUAGAACUCUUUGCUGUCAAAGGACCAGCAGGGUUUAAUUUCUGCUGGUUCCAAUGAGUCCCAAUUAUCAUUGGAUACCUGAGAGACCCCUCUGUCAGCUGGGGUCACAGUUAGUUAGAAACCUCAGACAGGUUGAAGCUGCAUAACAGAGCACCAUAACUGAAACUACACAGCUGCCAGCAUGUUCGAGGAAGAUAUGGAAGUGGCCAUUAAGGUGGUGGUGGUAGGAAAUGGUGCUGUUGGAAAGUCAAGUAUGAUUCAACGCUACUGCAAGGGGAUAUUCACAAAAGAUUACAAGAAAACCAUUGGAGUUGAUUUUUUGGAAAGACAGAUUCAAAUAAAUGAUGAAGAUGUGCGGCUAAUGUUAUGGGACACAGCUGGUCAGGAGGAGUUUGAUGCAAUUACUAAAGCUUAUUACAGAGGUGCCCAGGCUUGUGUGCUUGUGUUUUCCACAACUGAUCGGGAGUCCUUUGAAGCCAUAGCCAGUUGGAGAGAACAAGUGGUAGCAGAAGUUGGUGAUAUUCCCACAGUUCUUGUUCAGAAUAAAAUUGACCUGCUUGAUGACACGGAUAUUAAGAAUGAAGAAGCAGAAUCAUUGGCAAAAAAGUUAAAAUUGCGUUUUUACCGAACCUCAGUUAAAGAAGACUUAAAUGUUAACGAAGUUUUUAAAUAUUUAGCUGAUAAAUACCUUCAGAGGCUAAAACGACAAACUGCGGAAGACACAGAAGUUGUGCAUUCAAGCAGCAACAAAAUUGGGGUUUUUAACACAGCAGGUGGCAGUCAUUCUGGGCAGAAAUCAAGUACUCUUAAUGGAGGAGACGUGAUCACUUUGAGGCCAAACAAACAGAGAACAAAAAAAUCCAAAAGCCCUCUGACCAGUUGCAACCUCCUCUAGAAGUGUAUUUGAGAAAGACAAAAAGACUACAAGUUGGGGACAAUGGUGCAAUUCUUCAAAACUAAGCAGAACACAGCCACUCGUAAAAACAUCAGCCAGAUUUCUACCUUAAUUCUCUCCUGUAAAGAGAGUGCAACAGAAUUGAAGAAAUGUGAAAAUAGUAUGGGCAAACUAGUGGAAAAUACUGGUUUCUGCUAUACUGUGUGAAGCAUCCACAGAUUAAAAUCAUAUUCUGCGCAAUUAAAAAAAAAAAAAAAGGAAUCAUGCACAAUUUAUUAGAAAAA